AUGGUAGCUCCAUCCCAGAAGCAGAUCAUUGACUCGCCCGUCGUCUCCGCAUCCUCUUCGUCGUCUUCAACGAGCCUCAGUCCACCUCCAGCCCCGACCCCGACCCCAGCAGCAGCACCAGCUCAGCGCAAGUCUCGGGUACUGAGCCGCAAGACGCACCACUCAGUCAUCGAGCGUCGUCGUCGCGAGAAGAUUAACGAGCGUCUGAUCCGCCUACAGUGUCUCAUCCCCGCCUGUAGGGAAGAGGCACUAGACCUCCUCUCUACUAAACCUCCCAAGGCAGCUCGCGGUAAAGGAGUCUCCCCAGAGACAAAGGCGAAAGAGAUUGAGCGCUCCUUGAGUGGAGAAAUGGUACUGGAGAAAUUGUGCAUCAUUAGCCACAGUGUUGACUAUAUCCUCGAACUUCAGACGCAAGUAGCAGCAUAUCGCAAGCUCUGCAUGUGUGACCCACCGGUAGGAGAUGAGAUGCAACCGAGGGAUCAUCAAUUGCACGUUGAGUAUGCGCAUGAGGGAAUUUUGCACAGGGCGAAUAAGGAAGAAGAUGGGGGAGUGGGGUCAGAGAGGGAUGGCAGUCCAUCUGUUGGAGGUACAGGGAGAAAUUCGGACACUCUGAUCAGUCCUGCUACGAAGGUAGGAGCGGGAUCUUUCAAGCGCAAGAGACACUGGGGAAGCAAUAGGAUUCCAAAACCCACUGCUACGGCGCCUAGCUCCGUCAAGCGGACUCGAGUCGAUAGCAGGCAGAGUACAAGUAGACCUACAGCCUCUUCCGUCUCUCCAACUCAUGAGACUGUAGAAAGCCUCUGCAACACCGAUGUUGAGAGCCACGACAAUGACGACGACGACGACGACGACGAUGAGUCUGAGGAAGAAUCGCACGAGGCAGUGACAGAGCCCGAGGUCGACGACGAGGGAUACUUGGCCUUUUCAACGGACAGCAACAGCAGCAUCGACACUAAAGUCCCAAGCCCAGACCCAAGUACACCUGGCUCCUUGACCACCAGCCGUCGUCCCUCUCUGUUGUCUCCAAGCACUUACCAGCUUCCACCUAUACAGCAGCAGCAGCAGCAGCAGCAGCAAUAUCCUGCAUCUUUUCCAAGUCUGCAGAGCGCUCCUACCCAUCGAGCACGGCUGCGUCUACAGAGGGUACCUGGAAUCCUCAGUCUCGGUCUCGGUCUGACUCCGGAUGAUCGAUUGGGUCAUAGAAUGUACAGUCGUUAUCCAGCCACUGGGCAGCCGCUACCGCAAGUGCACACAGAGGGAGAAGAUGCAGAGGCAGGAUCAAGUGCAAGUGCAAGUGCAAGGGUAGUGCAGGAGCGAGGAAAGAGAUGCUGGGAAUAA